GGCUUCUCACUGGCCUUCUGCUUCAGAUUUGUUAACAUUAAUUAUAAACAACUGCGCCUCGCAUAUGUUUGUGUUACAUACGCGAAGGUUAGAGCUUCUAUUCCCCCUAAAGCACCGCCACUUGCCGAAUGACGGCUUUUCAUCUGUUUAACUGUGACGCCGUAUGACCCAGCUAUAGUAGGUGUAAGCAGCCAUUUUAUCAUCGGGGUGUUUUCCUUUUUCGCGGAAAGUUGGUCACCGCCGACUCAUCGCGGCCGAAAUGACAUAACGAUAAGGGGCACACACAUUAGUUAGUACAAGUUUUUAGUUGUUCAACUGCUACGAUAGGAACGACAAGCUGCUGUCGCCGUCAGCACGAUGCCUCCGCCACCACCUCCCCCGCCCCCGAUGGGGGGACUGGGGCCGCCUAAGCUUGGGAACACGAUGGCUACGCCAGACCGGUCUGCCCUACUGUCACAGAUUCGGGGUGGCGCCAUGUUAAAAAAAGCAGUCACCAAUGAUCGCAGCGCACCUAUAAUUGAUGGUACGAAAAAGGGAAGCUCCUCGGCAUCAUCAAACAGCUCUGGAAAGCUGGCUGCUCCUCCUGGGUUGGCAGGGCUGUUUGCUGGAGGCAUGCCAAGGUUACGACCCACAGGAGGUGCAGUAUCUGGGACAGGACAGCUACAAGCAACCAGCGCACCUUCUUCUGGACCUCGACAGCCCCUUUCUUCUUCUAGUCCUGCCUUGAGUAGCUCACACAAGCACUCUGUACAGCCACCGCUGCCCAGUGAAACCCCGCCUGUGCGCCGUGUGGCGCCCUCACCAUUCCCCGCUGACGUGAGCCCUCGUGGUCCACCUCCUGCUCCUCCCCCGUCAAGCCACAAACCCAACGUAGGUGCCGUGGCCACCGCAUCAGACGCUGCCCCGGUGGCUGGCCGUAGCAGGACGGGCCCUCCGCUCCCGAGCAAGCCCCCGGGGGUGACAAGGUCCGCCUCCCAGUCGAGCCUCGGGGGAGGCGCCAAGCAGCGGCCGCUGAGAGCACCUGCUGUCAAGCCCCCGCCACCGCCCAAGAGCCCUGCAGUGGUCACUACGGCAGUGACUGCCGCGGCUUCCAAGUUUGGCACCAUGGGACCGUCGCAUCACAGCAAUCGGUUGGCGGUACCUGGUGCCGCCCCUCCCUUGGCCCGUAGGCAGAGCUUCGGUGCUCCGGACUCGCGGGACGGUGAUGUUCCGGGGCCCCAGCUCAAGCCAACGGGUCCUCCACCCCCUCCACGCAAUGUCAGCGUGCCUAGCAAUCUUCACCAGGUGCACAAGGCCCGUGCGGUCCCUCCUGCGCCCCCUGCGCGUGGCCAGGCACCUGUCGGGCGCCCACCACCUCCUCCAAGGGGCCGAGAGCCACCUCCGCUGCCAACCAGUGCGCCUCCCCCUUUGCCUAGCAGUGGGCCCCCUCCCUUGCCGACCAGCAUCCCACCCCCUCUGCCUACUAGUGCACCACCUCAGCUGCCCCAAAGGGGUGCCCCUCCCCAGCCACCCCACCAGACAGCAAAGCCCACAGCCAUGGUGGCCCCCACGCGGCCAUCACCCACACCCCCACAGAGGAGCUCCUCGGUCAGGAACCCUGCCUCGGCCUCUUCUUCAGCAUUCGAAAGCCGUUUCAGGUUUAAUUCCAUUGACCAGAUUCCUGCACCUCACUACGUUGCAACAAAAGAUAAAAGGUACCCUAGUAAAGUCGCGCAGAAGCAGAACCAUCAACGCCAGGCUCCUCUGCCCCCAAUGUCGCUGCACGCAAGUGGUUUUGUAGCCCACCAGACCCCUGUCUGACCGCAGGCCAGGGGCCCCGGGCACAACGUGAGUCACAACCACCCAGAGAUGGCGUGCAAAAUGCAGCUGCCAGGGCAAUCCCUUCUUCGCCUGUCGGGGGCUCAGGAAGCUCGACGUUACGUUGGUCCCGCUCUGUUGGACGCCACGAGAAGAGGGAACGACAGGAAUGUCACAGAACAAACGCACCCUGCCGCAGACAGUGCACACUGCUGGCAUUGCCACUUUUUGCUGUGAUGCCGUCUUUUCUGUUUUGUUUUUUUCACGAGUGUCAUAGCAUCGCUGUGUUGUGGUGCCAGGUGCUUUGAGCUUGUCAUCUUUAUAAGUUGUGUGACUCCUCUUUCCUUUCUGCUUUCUUUGAUGGUUUGCUUCUGGCCUCUGAGUUGUAGUAUCACACUGACAAAGGGAAAAGGAUGUUCGUCCUGGUGAGCUGUGGCUGCCAUCUGCUUAAAGGAAAAAUAUUUUGCAAGUGGCACUUCUGUGUUCAAGCACGUAUGACUGCGUUGUUAUGCUUGUGUAUUUCUUUUCUUUUCAUAAAUUUGCUUUGCCGCACCUCUAGAAAUGAGGCUUAUGCUUAAGAAUAUUACUAUCGGUGUGCCACUGCGAGCUGAAAUAUUGAGCGAAACAUCUUGUAUUCAGAAAAGCAAGCAUUAUCCAGCUAAACAGCCGAGAGAAAGACCUGAUGAUUUUGUGUUUUUUGGCCUUUUGCACAGGCCUGGCAUUUAUACGUGAAAUCACUUUUACUAUUAUUAUUAUUUUUGUAAUGCAAUAACCAAAGCAGAAUAUGCACUCUGCCCGACUGCUUUGCCUUUUCAUGUAGACAUGCUGGACAUUUUUACAACACCUUUUGCAUAAUUUUUAUGUCUUACUUUUGUUUUUCCAUUCCUUUCAAAGUAUACCUGCUCACACUUUCUGCUAUUGCAAUUUUUAAUUUUUGAUAUUACCAGCAGAUGCAUGGAAACAUGUGCUACCUGGAGUUGCCUUUUCAGUUGUACAUACAAAAUGAAUGCUGCUACACAAGCUGUAUGGAAUCAAGGCACAGGCCUAUGAUGUACAUUUGUCAGCAGAGGUCUGUUUCGUUUCCUUGCUGUACAUAAUUAUGAUGUAAAAGAACCGCUGCACUGUUAUAACAGGCUUGUAACGUCUGCAGAGAGAGGACGAUUAAGAAAGUGCUGCUCUUAGCUGUAGUUUCCCUUAUUGCAAUUACACACUUGCUUUGAUGAUGUUUAGUUUGCAUUUUCUUCCAGAUUUACCAUAGUAUCUCGAGCCAUCACUCACUCACCUAGCCCUACUCCCUCAAACUUGAAGGAGAUCAGCAAGACUGCUUGACGGCUUAGCUUUUUCACCGUCUUGCGAUGCUUGACCAGUCAUGAGAAACUAUGUUUAAACGCACUUUUUAAUUUCCUUUUUUUACCAGCCAGUCCUGUUGUAUUGCUUACACAAACCUAUUGAUGGUAGUUUUAUUUAUUCAACGAUAGUAUAGCGUGCUUGCUUGAGCAAAAGUGUACAGACCAGGGAUUCUGUUAUAAAGCCCAUUUCCUUCUCUGUCUAUAAGUGUAACUUGAAAUUGAAAACUGCAGUCCAAGUUUGGCAUUGUGAACUUUCCAGUGCACUCAUCAAUUUCAGCUUACGUGUCAGAAUUGCAAAUAAAUUCAGUUUUUUCAGCUUGUGGUUUGUACACUUUUGCUUACAGGUGUUCAUUGUGAAGCAGUGAGAAAGAAGUGAUUUAAGAACUAAGGCACAAAAAAGGGCAAUGAAGGGUGUUUAAUGGUUCCUUUAAUUUGACAAUGGUGAAUAGGCAGGGUAAAUACAAUAAAUGUUCAUAAGCCUAGUGAAAGUAAUCGCCCAAAUAUGAUGUCCUUUGUAUCGCUCACACAAUGUCUGAACAUGUGACGGCAGUGGUGCUCACAUUACUAGCAGACAUGUUCUUUUGUAGGAGACAUUGAGUAUGAAAUGCUGUUCAUAAAACUGCUGCAAGUAUGGCGUGAUCUGUGCGAUUUUUACCAGGAUGAAAAAUAUGUUGUUAUUUACAUCAUUGACACCUUAAUAGAAAACAAUGACGUGCAGGGUGUUGGUGAUGGGCGACGACUCGGGCUGCUGUGGUAGAUUUCAUUUUUGCCCCUUGCCAAGCCUUUUUAUUUUUACACAGACAGCAGCGAACUUUUGUGCAAGCAACAUUCCUAAUCAUUUGUUUUUGAUUAACUGUGUGCUGAAGAAGAGCUCACUGCAAAUAGUUUUUGGGGGGCUCUAAGACGGAAUCCCUGGAAACCUUUUCCUGUUACUUUGCUUAAUGUACUUUAAAAAAAAUUUAAAUACGCACUAUGUUUUCAGCUGCAUCCUAGCUGAUUUUCAUCUUAAUUUAGAGUUCAUGCAUUCUUGCCCUUUCAUGAGAGGAGCUGGGACACUGUAUGGCAUCACACAGUUUGUUUUGCGUCUAGUUGGUUUUUAUGCAAUAGAACUUGACUGCUGCCUUCCUCUGGACCCCAUGAAAAACUUAGAGCUUGGCUUCCCUGCACAGCAAUGCCCUUUUCAUAGCCAUGGUUGCAAAAAAAAAAGUGGAAGGGGAAAUUUGCUGCAACAGUGGUUGCAUCUAAGCAUGAGAAAGGUGCAUACGUGAUUCUACAAUUGCCCCAAAUUUUCUUUCUGUGCAGAUGUUAGGCAUCACACAUAGUUUUUGUUGUUUUCUUUAAUGACUGAUAAUUCUAGUUUACCAAAGCAUUAUCUGUCAUUUGUGUAGCAAGGGGGAUCUCCAUGGCUGCAGCACUUUCAGGAUAUGCGCUAGAAUGUGGAAAAAAAAAAAAAAACAUAAGGGCUAGGAGAUUGCAUAUUCUUGUGCCUUUCCAACAGGCCUACAGGACACUUAUUGUAACAAGCCCUGUUAAAUUGAUACAUCAUUGUCUCGUUCAGAUUCAAGCCUAGGUGUCCAUUGUUGGCUUCUACCAUAGUUUGUGACCGUAAGUGCAAAAGCAACAACGUGAAGAAGUAUUUCUUCAGUCGUAAAAUGUGGACUGGAGUACACUUUUGAUGAAUUGUAGAAUGAAGAUCCGAGUCCCUUCGAGUGUAAUCUUCCUCACAACAGCACAAGUUCCACACAUUAGUGGAUCAAAGUUAGUUGCUCCCGCGGCAUAAUUAUGAAUACUAGACAGCUCCAAAAUCGCCAUUUUACUUCUAAACUAACACUUGAGCUGUCUCUGAUGGAGUAAGUAUGUGUUUCCACUAUAGGAGCUCUUGUUGAAGACAUACAGGCAACUGGUGUUUCACAGCAAAGGUCUUGCAGAGAAGCUCCCUAUGGGUGCUUGAAUAUGGCAUACCGGCAAACCUAUGUGCUUCAUACCGGGUAUUAUCAGCAAUAUUAGUUCGUAAGAAAUUUCUUGAGAGCUGUCCUCCAAAUUAAAAAGAAGGGGAAAAAUUAUGUCAGUUAUUUGCAGGUUUGUAUUCAAGCUCUAAAUAAAUAAAUUUUUUACCUAAAGGGCAUGAGCAAGGCUUUGUACAUCUCUAGCUCUCCCUCUCUCUGUGCAGGCAACUGGGAUGCAUUAGAUGUGCUGCACCUAAGUUUUGCCUAGAUGCUAGGUUGCACCGCCAUGCUGAAGCACUGUGCAGGGAAGCCGUCUUGGGAAAAUUUUGCACAGUGUUGGUAGGCCUAACUGUCGAGGAGUGGUUGCAGAAUUGAACAACUUUUCAGUUAUGCUUGCUGUGCAAUUGUGCAAACCCUUUCUGAACAUGUUAGCCGUGACUCCACUGACUCAUGUUGAAAAGAUAAUAAGCAGGGGAGAUUUACGUCGUAACAUAAUUUUCCCCACCUUGCAUGAUGUUGACUGUCCUUGUAUGCAUAAAUUUUCACUUGCACUGUGCUCACUCCAACAGGUGUGUAAAAAGCUUUUACGCAGCAGCGUCUAUAAAAACAGUGAGGUACCUAGGCACAUGGUAAACUAGUGAGGAAAUUGAGAAGGAAAUAUUAUUCUUAAGUUAACAAUGUACAUGUUACGAUACUUAAGGCUGAUUUGGGCAGAUGCGGAGGCUUUACCUUCAGCACACAAAAUAUGUGUGCAAUUUUGCAGGUUGUGCAUUUCCAUACUUUGUCCUCGCUUAGAAAAACCUCAUGCUGGAUCACUCAUAAAUUUCCAUUUAUUGAUACUGCCAGAAUUCUACUCUCACAACUGCAAUAAUUAUCUAAUAAAUUUAAAAAAUGUGUUUAGUCUGCCAAAGCAAAGGAAGUGUCAGCCAAUAAAUAGAAAUAAAAAGUUAAGGCCACACCAUUUUCCAUAGUGUUAAAUCCAGUACAGUAGAGGUUAGCCAGCAUGUAAGAGCAUGUGUGAAGAAUGACAGAAUUUGAUUAAGUUUUGUUGCAAGCUUCUGAAGAAAAGAAGAAAAAAAAGAAACUCUUUUGACAAUGCUGUGGGUUUUUCGGCCGCCAGCAGUCAACCAGCCAAAAGUAGUUAUGUAGAUGCCACUGCUUUUAAAAACAGUUGAAUUUGUGGUUUUGUUUUAGACUUUCUGUAAAUAAUACAUAGCUGGUACGAGAUCACACACCUUAUGCUGUUGUGCUUACUUAAGCACCUUCUCAACUUCAUUCAAAUGGUGAGAUACUUUUCAUGUGAGCAACCUAGCAAUUUUCAUUACUGUUGUUCACCGCAGCCAAAAAAUACUGAUUGGUUUAUUUCCAUUCUUUUUUUCUGUGCAUUAUGCUCUUAUUUCAGCUAUUUCCAGGGUACAAAGUUUUUUGGGUGCCAUGAAAAAAAUGUUUUAAUUUUGGGGAAGUGAUUAUGUGGUGUGCUGUGAUUCUGAAGACGCGGCGCGGGUUUUCUUUGAUGGGGGAAAAAAAUGUGUUAGCUCAUAUUUUUCAAUUGCGCACAUUCUUUUUUGUACUCUUUACCUCAAACUGCAAGUCCUAGGUAAGCUUGUGUGGGAGAUAAUCUGCCGUGAGAAUGCCAUUACCUGUGUGAGUGUUUUUGAGAGAGUUGUAACUGUAGAGCUUGUGUAUAUAUACUAUGUAAUAGCACAAUGGUAUGAUGCAACAAGGGCUGCUGUAAAGAAGAAAAAAAAAGGGGGAGGUCUCCUCAAUGCAACGUUAAGAUGAUGUGCCUUUUUGAGAAUCGCAUGAAUUUUUAAAGCCAGGCUGAGAUUUCUGCACUUUCAACAACAUAGAGGGUAUAUAUACUGCAAGCGCACGAGUGCAUUUAUUCCCGACUACUUCCAUCGCCACUGCCUGCUGUGAAUGCUUAUUUAGCAGAACAACCUUCACCUUUUUAUCGUAAGACUGCUGCUGUUGCUAUGAAGAAACAAAGUGUGCGCGAUUGUGUACUUGUUUCUGUCAGUUGUGACAAGCUGUGGAAAUUUGCUUUUGGCACAUUUGUUGAUUGGCUCAAUGCUUUGCUUGAAAAUGUCAUAUAGUCUUCCAUGAUAUUACUAAUAGUGCAGUUUCUGCAAGUAAACAUAAGUGCACAGGACACAUGUCACCCCUUUUUUUGCUUUGCAUAUCUAGUUCAUUGUCCUUCUGAAAAUUAGAAAAAAAGAAUUGUCACACUUACCUGUAGCAGGGCUUCCUGUUUGCUGCCAAAAAAAGUAAAUAAAGAAAGAAAAUCUCCAGUGAAAAGCAUGCCUGUGCAUUCUAAACCUCUCCGCACCUGAGUUUUCGAAUUUUCGUUUGCCUGUGUAAAGAACAAUCUGAACAUUUCAACUGUAGAUGAAGAGAAUGCUCACUUUAUCAAAUGCGCAGCUGUAAACCAAUACCGAAGUCUUCAAAUGCGUCUCAGCUCAAUAUGCUGCGUCAUGUCAGUUCAGCCGCGCCCUUGAUGCAAUCUCUCUGGGAGCAGCAGUUGCGUAGACUCCCCUUUCACUCUUUUCCCUGCUGCAGGCACGUGCAAGAAAGGACUGCUUUGAAAUUUGCACUUAUAGUUAUGCAACAGAAUUAAUAUUCUCAACAAAUUAUAAUUAUCCUUUUAGUGGUCCGCUGUUUGUCCUAUUACUGGUCGUACUAAAUGAUUUAGUUGGUCCCACAUUUGAUCCUUUUUUUUCUUUAUGUACAGUGACUUUGCAUCUACUUUCAGGACAAUCCUAUGUGUGGAGAUAACAGUGCUGCUUUGGCAUUUCAUCUGUAUUAUGUUUUAAAAGUGCAACUUGCAUUGUAUGCUCAUGCACUAUCACACUGGGCUAAACACUGGAAGAGGCUUUCUUUAAUCGUGAUGUUGCCUAGAUUCUACAUUGGUGUUACUUUAUGUGCACACAGUCACUUAACCUGUGUUAGAUGAGUGACAAGGAAUGAAAAGAGGAAUGAACGUUAAAACAAAUGUGCGAUUCUCUUGACAACUAAAUUUCCUCUGCUGCAGCUGUUAGUGGAUGUUCAGCGUCGUGCAAGUUGCAUGCGAUCGUGAUUUUGCCCACUUAGUUCUAUUAAACAUUUCAGUAAAGAGGUGUUGUCCCUGCUUUAUAUUAUGCAUGUGUUUCUUUGUGCUCAUGGUGUUACGGGAGUGCACACCCAUCACAAUUGUUCAGUACUAUUUUCCAGUGAACUGGCGGUUAGUGCUACGUGGCUGCUUGCUUGUUUUAAGGCUAAUCAUUUUGAUUGUAAGCCCGCCUCGAGUCUGAAUUGAAACUUUUGGCUCCAAAAUAAAGAUUAUUGAUUUGUA